UCAAGAAAUUUUCAACUUAAUUUCUUCUAACAAGCCAGGUUGUUUCACUCAGAGUCAUGUAAUAAUAGCGUGAAUUCAAGAGAUGGAAAAUUUGACUCUGAGUUCUAUACCAAGUGCAAUUUCACGUGUGAAGCCCCCUUGAGCUUGGGGCUUUCCAAAUGACAAGAGUCCCAGCACUGUAGUCAGGAUGUCCUGCUUACAAGCAACAUUAUCUUAUUAGUUUUUCAUCCAUUCUUGGGAUGUUGACAUUGCAGGCGAGAACAGCUCUCCUUGUCCCUUGAGAUGUUGGUUCUUUAUCCACUGUAGCAAAAGCGCCCCCGUGGUGCUGUUAGUUAAGGAGUUCCAAACAUCGAGGAUUUAAGGGAAUUAGCAAAAGAACCAGAGAAGAUACUACAUAGAGUCAUAGAGAGAUACAGCAUGAACCCAGGCGCUUUGGGUUCUUGAGUCCACAUCAUCAAUCAAGCACCUAUUUUAACACUUAAUCCUCUCUUAGACCAUUUUAUUCCCUUCAUAUUCCCAACAACUUCUCCAGAUUCUACCACCUAUAUACAUGCUAGGGGCAAUUUGCAGUGGCCAAUUAACUUACCAAGCCAUACGCCUUUAAUGCCACAAUUUGUUAAGAGUACGGAUUGCACUAUGGGUAGUAUAAGCAGAUAUAAUAUGGUGUUGGAUAACUAGUUUUAAUGGAGAAAUUUGCAGGGCUUUGGGGAGAACAGGAAAGUGGGACUGACUGGAUUGCUCUUUUACAGACCCAGGAACACUAAGGAUUCUGGUCAGCCCUGACUCUAUCUGGACUGUUCCCACCAGACAAAUUAUAUUAAAAUCAUACCCACUAUUUCCACAUUUUUCACAGAGGGUGAUGAGAAUGUAGACCUUGCUACCACAUGGCAUAGUUGAAGGUGGUGGUAUUGAAAUGUUUGAGGGCAGCCUUGGUUCAUUGACAAAGGAACAGAGAGGAACUGUGGCAUGGUGGGAGAUAACUCGUAUGGAGUAUAAACUGGACGAAAUGACCCAGGUGUGUUGUGUAUUCCAUGUAACUUAAUCCAAUUCUAUCUAGAAAAGGAGAAACCUACAAGUGUUUAGAAAUGGGAUUGAAAGUGCAGGAGAGAAAUUAAAGGCAAAAUUAGGAAAGCAAAGAAGUGAUGUAUAAAAGCAAAGAUAAAGAACAAGAGGAUAAUCAAGGAAAGAGCAGAGUCUAUUUCGUCCAGAAAGGGUAAACUGUUUGUGGACGUGAUGGAUAUGGGCAAAGUUCUUAAAAAUACUUUUGCAGCUGUCUUCACAAAAGGGAUGGAGGGUGAGAAAGGGGUGUGGGAGAUGAGGAUGGGGUGGAGAAAGGGGAGGAAGACAGGGAGGAGGGGAGAAAGAGAUGCCAAUGUUACAGGUAAAGAAGUUUGUGAAACAUUGGAUGGACAAAGCACAAGAAUUCUUUUCUUUGGAAGUGGAUAAAUUACCAGGUCCAGAUGAAAUACAUCCAAGGCCAUCAAAGGAAGUAAGGAGAGGUAUCUGGGAGACUCUGCGUGUAAUUUUUCAGUCCUUCCUGGCUACAGGAGGGUGCCCAAAGAUUGGAAUUCUGCUAAGAUGCUACUGUUGUUUAAAAAAGGAGACUUAAUUGAAGUGUAUAAGAUUGUAAGUCUAGAUAGAGUAAAUAGGGUCUAUUCCCGUAGUCAGGGAUCAAAAUCCACUGGUGUAGAUUCAAAGAAGUCGGAGAGGAGAAAAAUAUUUUUAGCCGGAGCGUAGCUGGCGGCAGGAACUGACUGCCGGAGACUCUCACCACAUUUUAACAGGUGCAGGGAAGAACAGUGAGCUGCAGAUUCCGCACCGAGUGCAGGGAGGUGGGACGAGGUAGGGAGCUCCUCUCCCACCAGCACCGACAGGCUGCGCUUCUGUGUGUAAAGCAGAAAUACCAGCAGGAAAUCCAAACGGAAAAGGAAGCGAGUACCACUGUCUCGGCAAGUUCUUGCCACACUCCGCACUGAGCGAGUUGAGAGUGCACUCCAAUGGAAGGAGGGCAAGGUCUUGUGCACUGGUAGCCCGGCUCUCCGUUAAGUGCGACGCCCAUGCAUCCUCCAAAGGGUCUUCGCCUCUGCCUCCUGCUCUUUAACACUUUGCUUGCUUUGGCCACGGAGCCGAGCUACCGGUUUGAGAUGGGCACCAAUAACAUUGCAAUGAGCACCAGUGACGGCGGCAGGGUGUUCGUGGCCACCGACAACUCCUUGUACCAGUUCAACCGGAGCCUGGCGCUGGAGAUGUGGGUGAGCACGGGGCCGCGGCUGGACGGGCCGUGUGUGCACAGAGAAGGUUGCUGCGUCCGCUGGAAGAACACCACCAAUGUGAACAGGAUCCUGGUGGUGGACGAGAAGAACAAGCGUCUGCUCACCUGCGGCACGGUGAGGGCCGGCGCCUGCGAGGUGCGUCAACUGAGCAACAUCAGCGACUUCCAGACGGACCUGCUGGGCCGAGUGGCCGCGCAGGACCCCCGAGCCUCCACCGUCGCUUUUCCAGUAGAGUUUUCCGGAAAGUCUUACAUGUUGACAGCCGCCACAUCCACCGACGAGAACAGUAGGUUUGUCCCCGAAAGCUGUAAAGGCAACGCCAGUUACUACGGGAUAGUGAAAACGCAGAUCUUACUGAGGUCUCUGGACGCAGAGGUGGGAUCCGGGACCUUUCUUUACUAUGACACCGAUCUUCAAGAACCGUCCGUCGAUCUUCAGUCUUCCGCCGAGCACCAAUUCGUACAGGGUUUCUACUGGAGCAACCAUACCUACAUCUCACUAAAUAACAACAUCUCCGCCCCCCAGGUCUUCGUGGCUGAAGUUCCUCUGCUACAGCACAACGCUCUGGUCAAUGUGUCCUGCCAGCUGACUGGGGACGGAGCUCUGCAGGUCCUAUCAUCCGCCCACAUCCUGACCCCCCUGCACCAGUCCUUCCUGGCUGCAGUCUUCUCUCGACAGAAACAACCCCAGCACAAUGGCCUCUGCGUUUACAACUUGGAGCAAUUUAACAAAUGCAAAGGUGCAGAGAAGAAUUGUUUACCCACAUUAUACAGUAUGCCGCUGUUUAAUUACCCUGGAUUGCUCUCUGUGUCAGCUACAUUGGUGCAGAACUGGAUUGUACUGUUCCUUGGGGCAGAAGAUGGACGAUUAAUUAAGCUGGUUCUGGAUAAAAAUAUGAAGGUCAUUCGCCCAAGCAUUCUGAUUGAACUGAAAGAUGAAUCUCCAAUUCGCCACAACAUAAUGCUUGAUAAAGUGGACCCAAAUUACUUCUACCUGUUAACUGAGAGGAUGGUGAGAAGGCUGAAGGUGGCAUCCUGCACCCAGUACAGUUCAUGCCAAGGUUGUUUGUCUGCACAGGACCCGCACUGUGGUUGGUGCAUUCUCGAGGAAAGGUGCUCCUUUAGGAAUGAAUGCCAAGAAGUAAAUUGGAUAAACAUUGCAAAACAAGCUGACAGCUGUCCAAAAGUAACCUUUAAACCCUUGGCAAUAGAUCAUACUUUGAAGAAAGAACUGCGCUUUACAGUAACAUUAAAAGGGAACCCUGGCAAUCUAAGCAGAGAAAAUGCAGAGUGUAUGUUGAGGAACACCAGGAACAACGAGGUCAUUUGCCAUGCCAGUUACAGCACCCAGUGCCUCUGUAAACUGUCUAACAAAACCUACAGUCGGCUCUACGGUCAAACAGACCCAAUCGCCAUAGAGGCAUCUGUGAAAUUAAUGUCCCUGAACUUCUCCACCAGGGUCAAGCUGCAUAAUUGUUUUAAGAUCACCACAUCUGGCGGUAACAAUCCAUGUUCUGAAUGUGUUAAUUCUGGCUGUCAGUGGUGUGCGGUGGAACAUAAGUGCUCUUCAUCUUGUGAACAAAGUACAAAUCAGACCUGCCCUCAUAUUACUCAUGCAAAACAAACUUCAAACACAGAUCUUCACAUUUUCCUGAAAGACGCUGAAAUACUUAAGAAUUCCAGUCUGAAGUGUAUAUUUAAUGGGAAGGUUGAAGCCACGGCCAAAUGGAUUAACAAUUCUGUCAUCCAAUGCCCCAGGCCUCAGUUUGAGGAUGAAAGAAGGAUAAUUCCUGUGAAUCUUGCCCAUGCUACAAAUCCCAAAAAUAUUAUUGACAAUCCAAACAAUAUCACAGUUUACAGUUGUGAUGUUCAGAAGCCGAAUUGUGUUUUCUGUACACCAGAAAGGACUUGCAUGGAAACAAUUGUUACAUAUAUAAAUCCAAACCGGGUGGCUUCAUCUGGAAGGAGCACAUUGAGCAUUAUUGGGUCAGGGCUAAAUGUUGGAUUGAGUGCUGCACUUUAUGUCAGUGGAAUGGCUGAUCACAUUACAGACAAAUCAAACAAUUGCACUAUUGAGAACAGCACAUUGGUGAAAUGUGUAUUACCAGAGGCAAUCCAUGGCAAGAAAUCUGUGUGUCUGUUGUAUGAUUCUGAAAGGGACUGUACGGCUAACAGAACUGCUUUACUGGAGUAUGUCAUCAACAGCCGUGUUACAGAGAUUCGCCCAGCAGUAUCGUGGGUUCGUGGAGGCCGAAGAAUGACGAUAAGUGGCAAAAAUUUAGAUGUGGUUAAACAGAUGCAGAUGUCAUUGACUGUAGAUCAAAAGUCAUGGAUUGAUUGUUCAGCUAAUAACGGGACCUGGAUCUGUGAAUCACCAUCUAUCAGAAAUGGGAUUCCAGGCAACUAUUCAGUAUCUUUUCUCAUCUCUGGAUCUGAGCAGCUAGUCCCUCUGAUGUACCAAGAGAACCCUAAAUUUUACAACUUUACGACGACUGCCGAUGAGAAACAACUCCUGAUAACUGUGAUGCGAAAGGAAGACAAUUUACAACUUUCCAAAUGUGAACUUAAGAUUUAUGUUCCCAGGAAUAAGGGUGAUCCAUUAGAAUGUAACAUUACAGAAGUGAUGAAAGACAAAAUAAAAUGUGUAUUAAACACAUCUGACACUUCAAUAUCAAAAAUAGAGGUGAGAAUUGGAAAACACAUUGAUGUUCUAUUUAAUAAAUCUACCAGCAAAUCCAUGUACAUUGGAUUAGCCGUGAUACCUGUUAUGCUGGUGAUUUUCAUUGCCAUUUAUUAUUGUGCAUCUCAUCAGAAAGACAAGCAGUUCUCACAAAAACUAGAAGCCCAAAUGGAGCUUUUGGAAAGUCAAUUCCGGUCUCAGAUUCGAGAAGGUUUCGUUGAACUUCAGACUGAGGGAUCGGAUGUGUACCUGAUAAAUGAUAAUUAUAGUAUCCCAUUCUUGGAUUAUAAGCAUUUUGCUACAAGAACAUUCUUUCCAGAGUCGGCAAAUGAAUCCUAUGAAACAAAUUUUGUCAAAGAUCUGAUCGUCACUACGCCUCAGAGAGAGGAAAGAAACGAGCUGAAUGAAGGAUUUAAUGCCUUGUACAACUUCUUGAACAAUGAACGGUUUCUUGUGACCUCAAUACAUAUUCUUGAGCAACAAAAGGAUUUCACCAUUAAAGACCGGUGUCGAUUUGCUUCGUUUCUCACUAUCGCAUUUCACAGUAACUUAAUUCACCUGACACAUGUGCUUGACCAACUCCUCAAAGACUUGAUGGAUCGAUCAACUGCACAACCAAAGCUGUUAUUACGUGGCACAGAGACUGUGGUUGAGAAGCUACUGACAAACUGGGUGUCCCUUUGUAUGUACGGCUUUCUGAGGGAAUCCGUUGGAGAGCCAUUAUUUAAACUUGUAUCUGCAAUCAAGCAACGGAUUAACCUGGGUCCAGUAGACGCAAUCAGUGGUAAAGCACUAUACACACUAAAUGAAGACUGGUUGCUGUGGCAGGUUACUGACUUUGAAACUCUGAAACUGAAUGUUUCAUUUCAGCUAAACACUGAAGAUGAUAUUGAAAAUGAUCAAGACAGCAACUCCUGUUUUGAAGUGGAAGUUUUGGACUGUGAUACUAUACGACAAGUAAAGGAGAAGAUUUUUGAGACUUUCUCCAAUAAAUAUGGUUACUCCCAAAGGUUUCAAAUGGAAGACAUUGACCUAGUGCUUAUUGAGAGGGGAGCACACCAAAGACUACUACAAGAUAUUGAUCAGACAACACAGGUCCUUGAAGCUGGAGUGAAGAAGUUAAAUACUAUUAGCCAUUAUCACAUUCCAAAUGGAGCAUCAACACUUGUAAUAAGAAGAGCAAAACAUUCAAAGCCAGAUACUCUGGGUGGUGAGUUUUGUCACUUGAUCUCACCACAUUCAAAGCUUGUAGAAUCUCCUGUACCAGAACAAGGCAAACAGAAGUUCAAGGUCAAAGAGAUGUAUCUAACAAAGCUGCUGUCCUCCAAGGUUGCACUUCAGUCUUAUGUUGACAACCUCUUUAGAAGCAUCUGGAACACGCAAAAUGGCAAGCCACCUAUUGCCAUUAGGCACAUCUUUGACAUAUUGCAGGCACAGGCCUACAAUAAGAAGAUAACUGAUCCUGAUGUGUUGCAUAUCUGGAAGACUAAUAGUCUUCCGCUCCGCUUUUGGAUAAAUAUUAUUAAAAACCCCCAGUUCGUGUUUGAUAUUGAGAAGACCCCACACUUGGAUGGCUGCCUCUCUGUCAUUGCACAAGCUUUCAUGGAUUCAUUCUCCCUAUCAUCACAACAUCUUGGGAAGCAUUCUCCAACAAAUAAAGUGCUUUAUGCCAGAGAUGUUCCACGAUACAAGGAGGAAGUGAGAAGUUAUUACAGGCAAAUUGCUGACCUAGGCUCGGUGAGUGAGGAGGAGAUGGAGAAUUUUCUCAAGGAGAAAUCCCAGAAACAUCAGAAUGAAUUUAAAGAAAAGGCUGCUAUGGUCGAACUUGGGAAAUACAUCCAAAAAUAUUCUGCUCGGCUGGCGAGCGGACCGGAGAGCGAGGGCCUGCCCGACAUGAAGGAGGGACUUUCCAAGAUCCGGGAGUACUUCCUCCUCAAGUCCACCUGUACGUGGGAAUGAACCGCCGCCGCCGCCUCCUGGGGGAUGGAUCCGCGGUGAGUGACCCCCCCCCCCCCCCGGGCCGUGUCUCCGGCGGGCAGCAACGGUCGGGUUUCCAGCCGGCGCGAAGCCGUUUCCCGCCACCGCGGGGCGCGCGCCCGUUCCCGCCUCCUGCCCCGCGGCUCGGGCGCCCACGGCCCGGUCACCCGGUGCAGCUGCACCUGGACACUCCUCUCUGUGCAGCUGUUCGACCGGUGAAUGGGAGGGUCCCUUGAAGCUUUGUACAGUUUGUCAAUGUUACUGCAGUCUCUUUCUGUAAUGUACAAUUUGUUCAACUCUACAAGUCACUGGACUUCAAAUGAAAAUCGGGGGUGGGGUGGGGUGGGGGGGGGGGGACUGCAGAUACUGGAAAUCUAAAAUCAAAGAAAAAAAUACUGGAAAUAUUCAGCACAUCAGGCAGCAUCUGUGGGAAGAGAAACAAGUGACUUUUGGCACAGUAAACUCAAUUGAAUAGGUUUUAAUUUACUCAGCAAGUCAGCCUGCUUGACCUACUGAGUUCUUCCAGGAUUCUGUCUUUGUUCUAGAUUCCAACAUCUGCAGUCUCUUUCGUCGUCUUUAAUUUACUCUUCCAUAGCAAAUUCAUUACGUUUAAUAAUUAAACUAAUGUGCAUUUUGCACAAUUGUCAAUUAUGUAAAUUAAAUGGAACCAAUGUUUACAUACUAGAAACGUGAGCUUCGUUCUUAGUUGAUUGUAAGGGGUAGACUGGGUGAGUACAAUGGUGUCAUGAAGUACAAGGGCUGAGUCAGUUUGCCAUUGUACCGCCCAUCCUUUCAGUUUGGGCCAUUGACACUCAUUGUUUCCCUUCAGACUAAUUCUCUGACCAUUCAAUGUGUUGUAGUUAAUGUUUUCACUACUCCAGCUCAAGGUUAGUAACACUGUAUUCCAAAACAAAAGCUGCACUGCUGGAAUUAUUAAUUUUGUUUGCACCAAAUCAAACUACUGAUUCUUUCUACUUUUCAACGUCAUUUUGUACCUUUCAUUCUCAAUGUCACAUUAACCUGUGUCAAUGUGCAAAUUAACUGAGACUGCAUGUUUGACUAAUUGUUGUAUUUAGUUGGCAUCUUACUUCCCAGAAGAGGAAGGCUUUGUGGAAUUUUUCAUAUUUUGCCAGAGUAAUUGCAAGAAAUCACUUAUAAAGUGCAUUUUCAUGGAACAAUUAUAUGGAUUGCUUUAAUUCUUGUGUGGUUACUUUAAAAUAAAACAUUUUAUAAUUUUACAACAUGAAUAAUUAUCAGCAUGAAUCUGGCUUAACAGCCAUGGCUCUGUGCAACAUAUUCUCAUCAGUCAGGGUUCAAGUCCUAGCUGAGGUUUGAGUAAAUGAUUUGGGCUGAUCCUCCACUGCACUGAGUGAGGUGAUAUAGAGAGAUACUGCUUGGAAACCAGCCCUUUGGCCCACCGAGUCCAUUCUGACCAUCAACCACCUUUUUGCACUCAUCCUACAUUAAUUCUAUUUUUAUUCCCGCCACAUUCUCUUCAACACCCUGCAAAUUCUACCACUUACCUACACUUUAAGGGCAAUAUCUUUCCAAUAGGAUAUUAAACCAAGGAGCCCAUUCCUUCUUUUCAGGCCACCAAUAGAGUUCUUUUGAGGUUACAACUAGCAAGAUAAGGAGUAAAUCUGUUAUUGUGAUAUAUUUGGAUUUUCAGAAGACUUUCAGUAAAGUGUCACUCUGGAGGUUACUAAAAUUAAAGUUCAUUGUAUUGGGGAUAAUAUACUAUACAACAGCGAACAAAUGAAUGUGAUUUUCAGGUGGGGAGGCUGUGACCAGUGGGGUGGUGCAGAGAUUGAUGCUGGAGGUCCAGCUGUUCCACAAUGAUUUGCAUGAAGCAUUCAGGUGUAAGCUGAUGAUACAAAACUAGGUGGUUGUGUAGGCUGAUAGGAGAAUGCAGAGAGGUUUCACGGGAAUAUAGAUAGUGAAUGGGCAAGGAUACAUCAGACAGAAUGUAACAUAGGAAAAUGGACAAUCAGUUUGGCAGAAUAAAGGUGGAGCUUUUUUUUGAAAUGGAGAGAGAUUGAAAUGUGUUAGUGUUUAGAGGGGUCUUUGUAGAACAAACAGAAAGGUUAAGAGUAUGUUGGCCUUUUUUUUGUAAGAGGAUUUCAGUAGAAGAGUAAAGAAUUCUUACUGAAAUCAUACAGGGCUCUGUUAAGGCCACACCUGGAAAAUUGUGCACGUCUUGCCACCUGAAGAAGAAUAUAUUUAUGAUUGAAUAUAGCAAAGGUUUGGCAGAGUCAUUGCUGAGAUUGGUUUGUUGUGUGAGCAGACUGGGCCUACACUGUCCAGGAAUUUAGAUGAGUGGUGAUCUCAUAGAAACCUACAAAAUUCUUAUGGAGUCUCACAGGGUAGAUGCAGGGAUGAAGUUUCCCUUUGCUGAUUUGUCUAGAACAAGGAAUCAAAAUAAGGGUCAGUCAUUUGGGACUGAAAUGAGGAAUUUUGCAGAAGACAGUGAAUCUUUAGAAUGCUGAGCCUAAGAGCUGUGGAGACUCGGUUGUUGAAUGAUGGAUUGAUUUUUGGAUAAGGAAAUUGAGGAAUAUGGGAAUAGUGCAGGAAGGUGGUGUUGAGCUGAAGGGUCAGUUAUGAUCUGCUUGAAUGGCAGAAAAAGUCUGGACUAUCCCAAUCCUGCUUCUAUGUGAAAGAGGAAAAGAGAGAUAUUACAUUGAAUGGGUCCU